AUGCCUCCUUCAAAGUGGGACGACGAGUCUGAGGAGUCAUCCGACGAAGAGUCUGUAGAUGUUCCUGUUGCGCGACGCAAGUUUGCGGAUGAAGAAGAUUCCGAUGACGUUGCCGACAACUGGGAAGAAGAAGAAGACUCUGAAGCUGAGCGAGAGAAAGCUGCGAAAGCGGCCGCAGCCAAAGCCAAAGCAGACGCAGAAGCUGCGGCGAGCAAAAAGAGCAAGGCUCAGCGGAUAGAGGAACACCGCGAAGCAAACCGACGAAAACGCGCUGAAGAGGAAGACGAAGAGAGUUCAGAAGAAGAUGAAGCAACCAGGCGUGCAAGACUACGGCAGUCGGAGCAAGAUUCUGAUCUUAAACAUGCACAAGAUCUAUUUGCCGAGGCGGCGCUGGAACCCAAAUCGCGCGUUGCUCCCAACAAGGCGGUGAUAAUCGAAGACAAGGCAAAUCCGGGCCAGACAAUCGAUCUCUCACAACUGCCCCUGUUCAAGCCCGCCACGAAGACACAGUUCGACGCGCUCUCGGCAACCCUGGUCCCUCUGCUCACGGCCGCCUCUUCAAAACCGCACUAUGCUAUCUGGCUGCCUACGUUUGUGAAGGCAAUAGCUGCCGAGCUACCCAGUGCAGAGAUCAAAAAGGCGGCCAGUGCACUCACGGCUCUGAGCAACGAGAAGAUGAAGGAGGAGAAGGCCCAGGAGAAGGGCGGCAAAAAGUCCAAGGCGGCCAAGACCAAGUCGACUCUGGCAGCAACCCGGGACAUGGGCAGAGGAGUAGCGGACACGACCAGCUACGACGAUGGCCUCGAGGACGAUGAUUUCAUGUGA